CUGCUGCAGCAUAUACGUACAUAUACGAAGGCGUAUCAUUAUACGUGUUGCGUUUGUUUGGAAGCGACCGCGAUUUAACAGUGACAGUGACGAAUAUUGGCCUCUCCCCGGGAAGAGAAAUGGCCAAACGUUAUCCGUAUGUUUGAAACGGUUCCGUACAUCGAACCGUUAUUUGUCGGCAAAUAUAUCUUUUGAGUGGUCGAACGACUUCAAUCGCGGUGCAAAAGGCGAGGCGAGCUCUCUUACGUUGGUCCUUGGUAUUAGUAGCCCUGGGCGGCUCAUACGCGAGUUCAGUGUGAAUCAAUUACCAAAGUAGCAUGUUCGCGAGACGAGAUACGAGUAACGUUAAACAUGGUGCACGUAUAAAUCUGUCGAUCGGUGUCUAUAAUACGGACUUGGCAUUCUUUCGUACGUUUUCGCCUCUUCUACGAACUAUUUUUAUUCUACGUCGCGGUUCCACACACACGCGAGCUUAAGCCUUUCCUUUCCGGAUCACGCGGUACAUUACAAAGUUGCAGCUCCAACGGGACCUAACCUCUUCAAGAGAUGUUACCGUCAGGCACGAGGGUAAUAUCGAUUGGAACUCGUUGAUUCCGAUCACGUCUGCGAAACAAAACGAACGAGUUUUGUGGGAACGUCUGUUGGUUUUCUUCUGUAUCAAACAGCGGGCCGUGAUUGUCCGACAACUGUUACAUCUCCUUUAAGCGGCCAAACGUCCUUCAAAUGAGUCGAACGCUUUAAGAAUCUUUUCUCGUGCGUCUGAACCGACAGCAUCGAUUAUCUGCAAACGUAUCAGUGAACCUUACGGGGAAAAAAAGCCGUCGAAACCAGAAGAAUGUCGCUGAAAAUAGUCAUUGCCGAGAAAGUGAUUUUACGGGAGAGAAAUUGUAAAACGAAGACGAACGAAUCGAACGGAAUAACUUGACAUGCCGGCGUUGUAGCAUGAAAUAGCAGUUGGUGGAUAUUUAGAAGAGAAAGCCAUUAUCACCCGUUGAUGGACCACUUGCGGUAGAUCUGCGUGGCGCGUACUUCAAAAAUGAUACCAAAAGGGAAAAAAGCGGAAUGUUAAAAUUGAACAAUGAUGAAUCAAAACGAUCAAUUACCGAAUUGUUUCCUUGGAUUCUAGAAUUUAGGAAAAUGUGUAGAUCUAUACAUACGUGGAAAAAUAUGUCAUCUUUAACAGAGCUUAUGCAAUUUUAUGUGAGAAAUGUAAGUGUCAGUGUAAAUGAAUGUUACACAAAGCCUUCAAGAGCUUCAAAAUUAAAGGAUUCUAUUAGUGAGACUUUAUUGUUAUUCUUAUAUAUUUAUCGUGAACUUUCAGAGGAUCAUGAUAGGUUCAGUUAUUUAAAUUAUAUGUCAGAUUUAUUAGCAUUUUACAUAGAUAUGGAAUUAAAAGCAUCUAGGAAAAGUAAAGAAGAUCAUGAUAAAAUAUGUGGAAGAAUUACUUCCUGUCUGUAUGUUUAUUUAGAACAUUCCGUGGAACAUUUAUUAGAUACUUUGAUCAAGAUACAAUUUAUGUGUCGCAGUUAUCAUCAUAUUUUAGAUCCAAUUAUAACGAAAAUAAUAAGAGAUAUUCCUAUACAUCCAGAAUCAAGUAUUAUGUAUAUUCGUUACUUUUUUAUUUAUCGUUUGUGGAGAAAAAUAAAUGAAAACGUGGCUGUAAAAAAUCAAAUAACAGCUGCUGCAAUGGUAUCUCUGGGUCCAUUGCCAUCUACAUUCUCAUCAAGUAUAUUAGAGGAUGUGUUGCCAAAAGUGCCAAAGAAUCAACCAAAUUCUACAAAAACUCUAUUGCAGCAUAAAUUUAAUAUAAAAAAGCACUGUGAAAUGUUUGCACAAUACUGCAGGAAAAGCGGUGAAAGUGUAUACCAGGAUGGAACUUCCAUUGAUUCUUCCAGUAGAAUUAAUUCUAAUACGCCGGAAGAUAAGGUUAAGAAAGAUAUAGAGUAUGUAGAUAAUAAUGUGAAUUCAAUUAUAUCGGAUAAAAAUAAACAGAAUGAAUCUAUUUCUUUGUUAAAUAAUUUUAAAAUUCUAAAUUUGGAAGGACAAACUAGUUUUAAAUGUUUAGAUACUUUUUCGAAUAAAAUUUCUACGAAGCAUAUUGAUUCUAAAAUAAUUAAAUCAAACAAAAAUCGUUUGGGAAGGAAAUGUAAGAAAUCCAAUCAAAUUGUAAUUAUUGAUUUAACUAGUGAUACAGUGCUCGAGAAGUGUAUAAAGAAAGGGAAAUCUAGUAAAAAGUUGCCCUGGUUAGAAAAGGCGAAAAAAAAUAUCGAUUCAAAGAUAGUAAAAUCAUCGCAAAAGAAGAAAAGACAGAGAAACAUGGAAAACAAUUCGCGGAAUGUUCGACAUCGACCGGAAGAUUCCUCUCAAUCGGUACGCGAAACCGCGACCACGGAAGAUCUCAGUGAAAAUCAUGAAUCUGAUACAUGCCGUACAGUCGUCCUUAAUAAUGAUGAGAAUAAAAUGGACACUAACGAGGAAUUAACAACUUGUACAGAGAAUAUAAGAAAAUCGAUUGUUACGCAAGUCAAUACUAAAGAAGUAAAUGAGAAAACAUCUACGGUAAUCGAUGAAACACUUUCGAGCAGUGUUGUUAAUAAUAAUUGUUUAAGUAACGCGGAUAUUUUGAAUAUGCAGAGUGGCGAAGAGGUGAAUAAUAGUUUUAAUAAACAAACUGUGAUCAAGCACUCGAUAGAAACGGACGUGUUCUCAAAGCCUGCAGAGGACGAAAAAGUUGAAAGUUUAAAAAAUGUCUGUGAUUUAGAAACAGAACGUCCAGGUGUAAAUAAUUCCACGAUAUGUACGCAGUACGAUUCUGAGGAUAAUGCUGUUAGUUCUAAUCGUUCUAAUUUUAAUGUAAUAAACGAUAAAGAAACCAAAAAGGUAUUAUCGCCGGACGACAAAUGCGAUGAUAAUGUUGUUCAAAAUUCUGAAUUACAAGACAAUAUCGAUGGUCUAUCGUUGUUGGCUAGCGUUUCACAGCAUAUACCACAUUUAAAGCCUGAAACCGACGUGAAGUCCGAACAGAUAAAAGUGAAAGAUUACGCAUCUUUGAGAUACACGUGUUACAGUCAAAUCAGCGAUGACGAGGCGAAUACAAACGAUUCAUCAAACACCGUCUCUCAGUUACUUGAAAAUCCAUCCACGGAAAUUAUUAAUAGAAUCGUUGGCAUUUAUCCCGAGGACACCAUAGAUAAACUCGCACUUCGCGUAGAAAUAACGUCUAAUGAAGCAGAAAAUGGCAAUGACACUGAGUUGUGCAAUGUUAUUUCUCAUCCGGAAACAGGCAUAAAUUACGACAUGGACACACUGACGCAUAAUUUGACCCCCAUAGAGAACAAUAUGCAAACCAUAAAAGAGAAUACAAACGUAAUAUUGAACGGAGAAACUAUAGUUCUGCUACAAAAGUCUCCCAACAGCAAUCUCUACAUUAUAAACAAAGCAGUUGAGAAUUCGGAAGAUCACAACAGCGAUGAAGAUAUCAACUUAAAGGAGAAGAACUGGAUACCUCCAACCGAAGAGUGUGGACAAUUCGAAGCUGUAGCUUCUUUAGAUCUCGUUUCCAGACAGAAUAUCAAGCAAGAGUUCAAUGAUAUUGCAUCGAACUGCGCGAUCCCGGGAUUCAACGCGGUUGAACAUCCUUUACAUAUUCCUGUCAGUCAUCCGACCACCUUACCACCGAUCUAUGGAGCUUGUGCCGGAAAUGCAGAACUGUGUGUACCAUACCACAAGCAUUGCACGUCAGUGACGUGCAAUCUCCAAAUUAACGCCACAACCUCCUUGCAUUCCUACGCGAAAUUGAACACCCCGUGUAAAAGAUCACAUUGUUCUUGUCUAAAUUGUUCCUAUGAUAUUGCUACGCAUUGCAGACAAUGUUCAUACCCGGCUACAGAUACUCACGUCUCCUGUAUUGAAAAUAGCCCAUAUUUUUUGCCGACGCAUUCAUCAGUACAAAGUCCUGCCGUCCACGAGCAUGAGAAAGCAAAAAAUAUUUUGAAAAAUAAAUCAUUGGAGCAAUUGGAACUGCAGUGCGACUCGGAGAAAGAUUUAUUCAAAAAAGAUACAGAUAAUAAAUUACCUUUGAAAAAGAGACUGAAAGCGCGUGCCAUGGCAUACGGCGAGGUAAGUUAUCCAGCUGUACCUAUGAUAUCCAUAGCUGCUUUAGAAGUGUUGGACGGUACACGAAAAAAAUCCGAUCAAAUCGUUAAAUCUGAGGAGUCACAUGACGACUAUCAUUACAAUUCCCAUUUGAUCCCGGGGAAAAAUCGAAUACACGUGUAUCAAGAGUCUUGCCUUCAGAGGACAGUGAAAACAUCCGCGCAAGAAAAAGAGAUGGAUCUCUCGAACGUGACGUCGAUGAAACAAUUCGGGAUAGAGACGAUGGAACAGGAAGGAACGUAUAAGAGGGUAAAAAAAUCACAGUCACAUCUACGCCAAACAAGAAGCUCAAAAAGAAACGUUCCUAAAGUAAAUUAUUCUUACACCGAUGUUGAUCCGGAAUGGAAUCCGUCCCGUGUGUCAAAACGCAAACGUAAAAAGACUAGUCGAUGAUCGAUACCACCUCAUUGUGAAAAUUCAUUAUUAUAAGAAACUUUUGUGGAAUUUAAGUAAUUAAAUGUACAUGGAUCCUAUAAGACUGUGGCCGUAAACCUGUAAAUAUUGUACAAACGAGAAGAUGAAUCAUCGUGAAAAGAUAUUUGCAUACCAUCAAAGUGUAUAGUACAACACCCGAAAAUCAACAUUAGUGUAACUUUUCGAAGAGUUUCAAAGUAAGAUCAUGAUAUUUAGAUCGUACCUGUAUUUCGUUGGACACAAGUAAUUUUAUACUAAAACAGGAAAUUCUUUAGUUUCCGUAAUUUCUUCUGCGUAAAACUGUGUAAUAUUAGUAGUCCACUUUAUUAGAGUUCAAUGAAUAAUUGAUUUUGAUAUAGUUUUAAUAAUUUGAGUUAAAUUGGUUGAUCAUAUAUAUUUAUAUAUAUGAUUUAUAAUCAUUUCAAGCAAAAUUUCAUCAUUCGUAUCAUAUUUGAAAUGUUUUAUAUAAAUCGAAUAAAACACUACAUUUACAAAGUAAUUGUAUGCAAAGAUUACGAUCUUAUAUAGAAGUUUGAUGGAACAAAAUUAGUUAAAUGCCAAAAAAUGAGACAAUUAGGUAGAUGACAACGUUGUAGUUUAA